AUGCGUGUGGUUGUGACGGGGGCAGGUGGUCAGACUGGAAGCCUGGUCGUCCAGCAGCUCCUAGAGCGAGGGGUUGACACCACUGCCGUGGUACGGACGGAGGGGAGCAAGCAGAAGCUGGCAGAACAGCUGGGUGCCCAAGCUGCCAAACUCAAAAUCGUGUUGGCGGAUGUCACAGACUCGAAAACGUUGGGUACAGCAUUUGCUGGCAUGGAUGCAGCAGUCGUUGUAACCAGUGCUAUGCCCCGGCUGCUGAAGUCUUCCCUGCUUGGGGUGAUCCUUGCAAAAGUCUUUACCCUGGGCUACGUGUCUAGAAAGCCUUCGUUUUAUUUCGACGAAGGCCAGUCGCCAGAGAUAGUGGACUGGAUGGGUCAGCGCGAUCAGAUCGAUGCUGCCAAAACGGCUGGCCUCAAGCAUGUUGUCCUGGUAUCUUCGAUGGCUGGAACGAAGCCAGAUCAUUUUCUCAACACGCAAAUGGAUAACAUCGUUUUGUGGAAGAGGAAAGCUGAGUGCUACCUUGUGGCAAGCGGAUUACCUUACACUAUCAUUCACCCUGGUGGUCUGUUGCCACAUUUCGGUGAUCGGAAUCCAGCCCCAGGUGGACGAAGACAGCUCUAUGUUGGCAUUGAUGACUCCUUGAUGGAUGACGGACAGAAUCACAGUUCCAUACCUCGCGGAGAUGUUGCAGCAGUUUGUGUGGCCAGCCUCUUUGAACCACUGGCGCAAGGGCGCUCAUUCGACCUUGGUGCUGGGCCUGAGGGCGAGCCUUACAGCCUCAACCUUAAGGACUUGCUGGAACCACUUCAGGGCGCGAACGCGCACUAUACCAAAGAGCAGGCAGAGUUCAAAGGUGGCAAGAAGGUAAGGACUUGUCCGUGCGGAGAACAGUGA